UAAACACACAUUAGACCUCUUCUUCAUUCAAAACUUCCACAAGUUCAAUCCCCUUUCCCAUCUCCAAUUCUCUACCCAUCAAAACAAAGUCCGAUGGAUGGUCUCCGGUUAACCGCCACGAUUAGCCCGAUCACAUUCACGGGCCACGAAUCCCAUACCAACCCAUCUAAGAUAAGGCCCUUGGGUUUUAACUUUUCUCUCAAACACCCACUUGCAUCUUCAAUUGUCACAAAGUGUAACAUAUCCGACGUCGUGGCAGUGGAAGACACAACCUUGGUUCACAAAACCGAAGAGAGCGAGAACGAGGGGCAAAAUGGGAAUUGGGUGCUACGAGUUUUACAAGUGAGGUCCUUGUGGAAAACACAAGAUGAUGAUGAUCAUAUGAAUCAAGAUUCAAAUGAACAAGUUGAUAAAAAUGAUGAUCACGAUCAAAUUUCAAUCGAUGAAGCGUGUGAUACAUGUAGCGUUGAUGAUGAUGAUGGUGGUGGUGUAGAAUUCGAUAAGAAUUCAUUUUCGAAAUUACUUAGGACGGUUUCUCUAAGUGAAGCAAGAUUGUAUGCUAAAAUGGCUUAUUUGGGGAGCUUAUCUUACACCAUACCAAAAAUCAAGUUUGGAAAUCUUCUAAAACGUCAUAAACUUCAUUUCAUUACAUCUUCAUUAGAAAAGAAAGCCAAGAAAGAAAGGACAUCGGAGAUGACCCAACAAGACCCGAAGAAUGUUGAUGUUUCUCAUGAUCUCAACUCUUUAUAUUCAUCACCUUGCGAAUGGUACAUUUGCGAUGACGAUGAAAGCAACACGAGAUAUUUUGUCAUUCAGGGCUCCGAAUCUAUUGCAUCAUGGCAAGCCAAUCUACUUUUUGAGCCUAUGCAAUUUGAGGCAAUGGACGCGAUUGUGCAUAGAGGUAUAUACGAGGCGGCAAAGGUGGUUUACGAAGAGAUGUUGCCUUAUGUGCAUGACCACCUUGAACGCCAUGGAAAUGGAGCUACAAUUCGCUUAACCGGGCAUUCUCUUGGUGGAAGUUUAUCAUUACUAGUAAAUCUCAUGUUGUUAAUUAGAGGUCAAGUUCAUGUUUCUUCAUUAUUGCCUGUUAUUACAUUUGGAGCCCCAUGGGUUAUGUGUGGCGGUGAUCGUCUUCUUCAAAGCCUCGGAUUACCACGAAAUCAUCUUCAAGGAAUGACCAUGCAUCGAGAUAUUGUACCCCGAGCCUUUUCUUGCAAUUAUCCCACUCGAGUUGCUCACCUUCUCAAGGUCGUCAAUGGGAAUUUUCGGAAUCACCCAUGCCUCAAUAAUCAGAAUUUGUUGUAUGCACCAAUGGGGGAGUUUUUGAUUCUACAGCCAGAUGCAAAACUAUCACCAAACCAUGACCUUCUUCCUUCCGGCAGUGGUUUAUAUGUUUUGAGGUCUCAAGCGUCCGAUCCCAACCUCGCAACUAAGCAGACGCGAGCUGCACAAUCGGUUUUCUUAAACACACCACACCCUUUAGAGAUUUUAACUGACCGAUGCGCGUAUGGAUCAGAAGGGGCCAUUUUGCGCGAUCAUGAUGUGGAUACAUACUUAAUAUCAAUUAGGAAAGUGAUCAGCCAAGAGCUUAAUCGCGCUAGGAAAAUGAGGCGGCAGCAACAGCGGCAGUUUUGGUGGCACAUGGUGGUGCUGAAUGGAACUAAUGUGAAGUUGUUGUUGGAUAGUGGUAGAGAGUGGUGGAGAAUGGUGGUUGCCACCCAUAACAUGCAUUUGUUGGUGGUGGUUUUGGUUCCUUUUGCAAGACUUUGGGUCACUAAAGCAUGUAAUUGGAUUAGAUUUAGAUUGUGUAUGUAAAGUUUAAUAUUUAUCUACUAUGCUUAUAACAAGAUAUGAAAUUUUAAUUAAUUUUA